CGGUUCGCUGCUGUUCGCUACCAUUGUUCUGAAGCCUGAUAAGGUCCAUGGAUGACAGCCUGUUGUGGUAUUUAUAGAGGUAUAAAGCUGAACUAGCAAGAAGACUGAGUUACUUAAGUGCUGUGUGUCACAGGUCACUUUUUCAGCUGCGUAAAUUUGGCAGUUUAGUUCAUUGAGCUUCCAGAUUCCUGCUUUUCACAUUUUGCCCAUCAGCUGACGGCAACAUUCAGGAAACAAGAAUAUGGGGUUUGGAAAAGAUAUGUCACGAAAUAAUCUUAUACUUAUCGGGCUGCUUGCAGUCUGUAUAGUGGCCCUUAUCCUAGGACUGGCACUGGGCCUCGGGCAGGAUAACUGCAAUAAAGACAUUCCCAUUUCCUGCAGGCAGCGCUGUUAUGAGCCGCACGACAAUGAGUACCCUGGCUGUCGCUGUGAUGCUCUGUGUGUGGAGACCAAGAGCUGCUGCUAUGACUUCCAGGACAGCUGCAUCCAACCAACUGAGCAGUGGGAGUGCACUAAACUGCGAUGUGGAGAGAAGAGGAUGUCAAACAGCAAGUGUCACUGCUCCGAUGACUGCUUGGGUGCUGGGGACUGCUGCACAAACUUCAAUAGUGUUUGUCAAGGCAAAAGGCAGUGGGUACAGGAUACCUGUGAGGAGAUAGCAGUUCCUAUAUGCCCAAAAGGUUUUUCAAAGGUACCAUUGCUCCUCAUAUCAUUGGAUGGGUUUCGGGCAGAGUAUCUCUCAACUUGGAGUCAACUUGUCCCUGUACUUGACAAACUCAAAAACUGUGGCACUCAUGCUCCUUAUAUGCAAGCAGUGUUCCCCAGCCUCACCUUCCCCAACCAUUACACCAUUGUCACGGGACUGUAUUCUGAAUCCCAUGGGCUCGUGGCCAACAGCAUGUACGACCCUGUGUUCAACGCAUCGUUCAGUCUGUCGAACAGCGAGAAGGCAAAACCCCGCUGGUACCAGGGUCAGCCUAUCUGGCUCACUGCAAUGUAUCAGGGACUGAAAUCCGGAACCUUCUUCUGGCCUGGUUCAGAUGUCAAAAUCAAUGGGAGCUUUCCUGACUUAUAUAUGGAUUACAAUGGGAAAACACCAUUUGAAGAGAGAGUAUUCGCUGUUCUGAAGUGGCUCAAAUUGCCAGAGGAAGAGAGGCCAGACUUCUUCACUUUGUACUUGGAGGAGCCAGAUAAAUCUGGACAUAAUAGUGGACCAGUCAGUGGUAGGGUUAUCUUGGCCAUCCAGGAAGUGGACAGGAUCAUUGGUCAGCUGAUGGAUGGAUUAAAGCAGAUGGGCCUCCACAGGUGCAUCAACAUUGUCAUUGUUGCUGACCAUGGAAUGGAAGAUACCAGCUGUGAGAGGGUGGAGUACCUCCAGAGCAUGAUUGAUAACGUCAAAGACCUAUAUGUAUACGAGGGGGCGUUUGGAAGAAUCCGGUCGAGAGACACACAUGUUGAAUUGGAUUCAGCUGGACUUGUGGCCAACAUGACAUGCAAAAAACCAGAUCAGCAAAUUAAGCCCUACCUUAAACCUCACCUGCCCAAAAGGUUCCACUACGCUGUCAAUAGACGCAUAGAGGAUGUCAGUGUUCUGGUCAAUGCAAAAUGGCUGUUCGCAAGAUACCCGGGCACAAUUUCAUACUGCGCUGGUGGUACCCAUGGUUAUGACAAUGACAUUGAAAGUAUGCAGGCCAUGUUUUUAGGCUUUGGGCCUAAGUUUCAUUAUAAAAAGCAGGUUGAUCCAUUCGGAAACAUAGAGCUCUACAAUCUCAUGUGUGACGUUCUGGAGAUUACUCCAGCCCCAAACAACGGCAGCCACGGUAGUCUGAACCACCUCCUAAGGAAGCCCUGGCACAAGCCCUCCUUCCCCGAGGAGAUUACGGCCCCUGGGUGGUGCUUGGUUGUAACCCUAGUCUCUGCAGACCCUCUGGGCUGCUCCUGCACUGGCCAGACUGAAGCUGAUCUCAAUAGCAGGCUAAAUUUGACAAGCCAGGAGGCAUUGGCAUCUAUUAGAAAGCACAUGCAGUUUGGGCAACCCAAAAUGCUACGCUCUGGUGAAGACUACUGUCUGCUGUAUCAACACGGCUACAUCAAUGCCUACAGCAACUCCUCCCUGAUGCCUACAUGGAGUUCAUACACUGUGGAUAAGCCUGGCAGCGUGACCCCCUUGCCUGAGGUCAUCUCCAGCUGCUUGCGGCCUGAUGUGCGUAUCUCAGGGGGCAGCAGCCCCCGAUGUGACCAGUACGCUGCAGGAGGAAACAUCACUCCUGCCUUCCUCUACCCCCCCAAUCUCAAUGAAAGUGACAUCGAGCAGUAUGACGGGCUGCUGAUGAGCAAUGUUGUUCCCAUGUACCCGGAGUUCAAGAAAAUCUGGGACUACUUCCACACUGUGCUCUUGAUGAAGUAUGCUUGGCAGUACAACGGUGUCAACGUGGUGUCAGGCCCUGUAUUUGAUUACAACUAUGAUGGAAUCUUUGACACCCCUGAGCAGAUUGAACAGUUCGUCACUGGCACAGUUAUUCCAGUCCCUACGCAUUAUUUUGUGGUCCUCAGCAGCUGUAAGAACACAUCUUUUCCAGUAGGGGACUGCAGGGAGGCGAUGCAGACAGUCUCUUUCCUGCUGCCACACAGACCAACCAACUCUGAGGUCUGCAAUAGUCACGAGGCAGAGUCGCAGUGGGUGGAGGACCUGAUGUGGUUCCACCAGAGCAGAGUGAGAGAUGUGGAGCUGGUCACUGGCUUAGAUUUCUACCAAGGCAGCAACCGACCAAUCCCUGAGCUCCUCCAGCUCAAGGCCAGGCCCACCUCGGCCAUCCAUAGGAUGAACUGAGUACAGCAAGGGUCAUGACU